AUGGCCGAAGAUUUGAUACGAAAGUUUCAUAACCUCUUCUACGAAUUCAUCGUUAUCCUCAAAGACUCAGAUAUUGGAGAGUGCAGCCUGGAUACCGCGGUAGGCAUUGUGCUGGAAAUGGAAAAAGUCUUUCAAGCUCAUCCUACCUAUCAUGGUCGACAUGAACCCGAACUUGAGAAAGCCAAGGCAAGAGUGAUGCUGAAGGCCAAGCACAUGGAAGAGGUGCGGCGACUACAGAGGAAACGAAGAGAACUCGAUGACAAGUUGGAGGCACUACUUGAUCACCAGGUCGAUCAUAACGAGUCGGUCCGCGGUGAUGGUGACGACAGACACCGUUCUACACUAGGGCGAAAGAGGUAUGCUGAGUCCACUGAUGAAUCCGACACCGAGACUGAGUCAGAGUCAGAGACAAGUAGCUGUAAGAAGCUCAAAAAGGACAUGGACACCGUCAAGAUUAAGACCGAAUCGACAGACCAACCAGCAAAAGCAACCCAGCAGAAUAAGCGGAAGAAGCUCAAGGAGGACAUGGUCACCGUAAAGACCGAAUCCACAGACCAACAAGAGAUCCAGUGGGAGACUGAAAAGUUCGUCUGCUACGAUUGCAUGCAUGUGUGGAAGAAGUCGCAAGGUGGACUGCUCUGUCCUCAUUGCAGGAGUGAUUUCAUCGUAAUUCUUGAGCCGGGGAAAUCUGAUCCAUGGCACGGUGAUAGCGAUAUCGCUCAUCCCUCCCCUUCCCCAAUCCAAAAGUCAGCCCCUCUCCGUGGCAAUCCAUCUGGACACCUGACCGAGCCCAAAGGAGACAGUCUCAAGAGCCUCAGGAAAGCUACGAGGGACUCAAUAGCUAGUUUGAUGACGCUGAGUAAGAAACGCUCAGGCAUUGGCUCCAGCUCCAAUACUCGGAAGCAUCUUCACCUUCAGGAAAAACACCAUGCCUGA